ACACACCUUACCACUUAUGACAACGCCAGCUUUCUGAACUGUAUAAAGAUGGCGGCUACUGGUGAGGAAGCUAGUAACAGCGCUGCAGACACUAUAGUCACCGAGUAUGCCACGUAUGAGGAUUACCUGGACUCUCAAAUAACACCAACUGAUCUGUUCUACCUGGAGGACGAGGAACUAGCACGUCAGCUAGUAGAGCUAGGAUAUCGUGGAUCAGGGGAAGUGCUCAAGAGAGAAGACUUUGAGCUCAGGAAAGAAGCGGCUGCAGCCAGUAAGCUAGCACGUCGAGACCAGCUGAGAGUGUUGUGCAAUGCUGGGAAGGACCUGCAAGGAUCAGUGUUCCUGGAGGGGCUGGCUCAGAGGGAAGAGACUAACAGAAACGGGAAAAUUUCAUCAAUUAUAUUUAUUCGGGACAGGAAUACCAAGGGUCAGGAGAUAUCAGGAUACAUUGACUACGCACAUCGACUCAAGGUGGAUGAUUUUGAUCCCAUAUUCUCGUCACGGAAGAAGCUGCUCCCUAGACACAGUGACUUGAGCUUCUAUAACUGGGACACUAACUUCUCCUCGUCCAACUCCACUCCUAAUUAUCAGGUGAUUGCAGACAACGCCUCAGGUCUGCUGUUUAAGAAUAAACGAGACAGAAAGAUUAUUAAUGUUGACCCAAAGGUACAGGCUGUGUGGGGUGUGUGUGUGUGGGGUGUGUGUAUGUGUGUGUGGGUGUGUGUGUGGGUGUGCUGUGUGUGUGUGGGGGGAAAUAAUUACAAAUGAAGGUACAGCUAUAGCGUGCAGUAGAACUAAUAAGUGAAUUGAGGCUUCAGAUUCAAAGCUGACAGUGAAGAUUAGAAUGAACUUUGUACAGCACGUUUGCUAACACUCCCUCUAAUGGAAGCAUCCAAAACAGCAAAACUUGUAUUUGUUGUAUUUGACGCUGUUUGUAUGCUAACUGUGCUCUCUUGUUAUAAACUGUUGACAUAGCAUUGGGCUUUUGAGAUUAUAUUGAGCAAACUGUCUCAAAAUUUGUGAAUAGAAUUUUUAGGGAGUUAGAAAAGCAUUAUUAUUGUACACUGUGCCUCCUCCCUACUUCCCACACUAUAAUAGUUAAUCAAUUUUUCACACGUUAUUUAAUGGAAUAAGGGAGACCGAAAUAUCAUUUGACGUCGAUCCAAACGUACAGCUAGCAUACAAAUAAAUAUUAAAAAAGCAAUUAAGCUGUACUGAUUUUGACGUAAAAAAACACACCUAGGACCUACAUGUACAUGUACAUGUAUGCUAGCUGUACUUUUGUAUAUAUAGCAAAGACGGGAUAAUUAUUGAUAACAAGCAUCUGGGAAACAAUCAACUUCAUUAUAAUAAUUAUUAUUAAUUAAGCUCCAGCUGUUGACUGAUUACUGGGGUUUAGUAGCGGUCCAUUGCCUUGUCACAGCUAGCAUACAUUGCACAUGUAUUAUUAAAAAUGGGGUAUUGAUAACAAGUACCGUAUAGCGGGAAAUUUUCGUCGUUUUUCGAGGGCAGAGCAUUUAAAACUGGGAUAAACUCCCAUGCACCGGUAUUUCACAUGCAAUGCUAUUGGUGGGUGUGGUUUCCUGGCAUUGAACCGCGAAUAUUAGAACCCACGUAACUUUCUGCUGAGGGCUCUGGAGCCAAAUUGCACCCGCAAAAAUUUCCCGCUAUGCAUUGUAGGAAAUAAAGCUCCAGCUGUUGACUGAUAACUAGGGUUUAGUAGCGGUCCAUUGCCCUGUCACAAUGAUCCCAUCAUCCCUCACAUUCAUUCAGCUAGCCCUCCCACACCACUCUCCAUUCAGCUGUGACGUCUGUGACCCCAAUAAUUGUAUUUUUACGGAGAUAAUUUUGAUCGGUAGCCUAGCCAGACUGUUGUCUUGUCCCACUACAUGGAAUUCCAAUUUAGUGUAUAUGUGACAGGCUCUGGGAAAACCAGACUAUUGGAGCAGAAUUUAUUAUUGAGCUACAGCUAAAUUUAUGCCUACAGUAUAAAAUCUCAUAUAAAAUGUUAUUGAUGUAUAAGUAUCUACAGCCCUUCUACUACCUCUCUGUAAAAUCUGAUGCUCUAAAUCCAACUCUUUCCAUCGAAACGCUUCGUCCAAACUUUCGCUAUUACCUUAUUUUUCCUAAUUAAGCAAUCUUUGAGAGCCGUUUUUCUCGAUACUACAUUUUACGGCUUCGAGUUUCCAACGCGCAUAACUCGGGUAUGAAACUAGGUAUGUGAAAACUAAGCAUAUCAUUGUGUAGGCAAUGCUCUGCUCUAUCACUUGGUACAUUAAUCACCAAAAUUUUAGUCUGCUCCAAUAGUCUGGUUUUCCUAGAGCCUGUCACAUAUGCUAAUAUUCUAUAGUCCUUUGAAAAGUAGAAUGUCUGCGUGUAUGGGCCCAGGGGUAGACAGCUGUUCCACUAAAAACCAUUUUCACCUUGUUUGCAGAAAUGCUACUCUAAUUGACAUGCAGUGUGUAGACUAGUGUACAGAGCCUAUAGUGUGGUCCCACUGUGUGCACUGUAGCUGGUGUACAGAGCCUAUAGUGUGGUCCCACUGUGUGCACUGUAGCUGGUGUAUAGAGCCUAUA